CUUCGACGAGCUCUCUCUCCCUCUUUGACUCCAUUGCCUUUCUUCAUCUCUCCCUUUCUCUCUCCUCUCGCAUUUUAAUUUUUUGAAAUUUCUGCUCCUCAGAUCUCUCACAUUUUAAACUUUUGUUCUCCGGAGAUGAAACACCGCCACUAGCAAAGCGGUGGAGCUAGGCGCAUCUUGCGACGACGACGAGGCCGAGAACGAAGUCGCAGAGGAGAUCGACGAGGAUGACAACGAAGUCGCAGAGGAGAUCGACGAGGAUGACAACGAAGUCGCCGGCCACCGUAUUCUCCGCCGCUUCCUUAGCGCAACCACCGUAUUCGCUUUUCUAUUUCCAUCAGAAGUUCAGAUCUGAAGAAGAGAUAUUGUCAGAUUGAGCUACGAUCAUUCAACUUUUUUCGGGGACAUAAUCGAGAAUUCCUACCCUCAAUUGCGAAUUUGCGAGUAUUUGAUUAACCGCUCCCCGUCUACUGUAGAUUGGGUAGGCGUGUUGUUUUUUCUCGAACAAAGGAAGAUAUGGAUGAACGAGAUCUAAUCAGUGAACUUCCCAAGGAUCUAAAGUACCGUAUCAUGGAACAGUUACCCAUGAAAGAUGCUGCAAGGAUGAGCACAUUGUCAAAACACUGGAAUGAGAACUGGUUCACACUUCCAUCACUUGUCCUUAACGGUAAUUUCUUCAGAGAUGUGUUAAAGAAAAAACGAAAUAAGUAAAAUACUGAUGCAGCACAAAGGUCCCAUCUCCAAAUUCAGUCUUCACAUCCCAAGUCGUAUAGAUCACGACCCAGAUAUUACACAAUGGUUAAUGUUCCUGUCGAUGAACUGCAUCAAUGAACUAUACAUAGAUAAUUGGAAACUCAAGUCCAUUUUAAAGUUACCUAAUCAACUUUUCAGUUGUGAUCAGUUGACAAAGUUGACACUAGACUUAUGUAUGUUAAACCCUCCUCCCCUGUUUUCUGGAUUUCAGAAGCUCAUCUUCAUCCAUCUUAAUAAUGUAAGUUACCCGAGUAAUGAGGCUUUCAGACGCUUUGUUGCCAGUUGCCCGGUUCUUGAGGAAUUAAGUAUUCAUGAUGAUUAUGUUUCUCAUCAAUUACCAUGUCUAGUUAUCAAUGCACCUAAGCUCAAGUACUUGUCCAUCUCUAGAACGUUUCAGUCUGUCUGUCUUAAUGGUUCUGAAAGUCUCUUGUCAGUUUCAAUCUUUUUAGCCAAACUGGUUCAGAAUCCUAAUAAGACAAAGACACAAGAGUUGAUCCAAUUCCUUGCAUCUGCUUGUAAACUUGAAUAUCUUUGUUUUACAAGGUACUUUAUCAAGAUGUUGGUUGCAGGUGGUGUAUCAACAAUUCUUCCUGUGACGACCUUUACACAUGUGACGAAUUUGCGGCUAACAGCUCUUCACUCCUGGAAGGAACUGUCCUGUGUUGUUGCCAUAAUUCGAAGUUGUCCUAAUGUUCAAAAACUACAUAUAUCAGUAAAUAUUUCUGAGACGAGCAGUGAUGUUGCUGAGAACAGCUUGAUGAGUUGUAACCUUCCGGACAAAAUUUUCGCAACUCCGUUACAUUAAUGUGAGAGUUAAGAAUGGAUCAGUUGUAGAGCUGAUGCUCAUUGAGUUUUUGCUUGCCUGCUCUCCUGUGUUGCAGACGUUCACUCUCGACAUUCAUGAAGAAGUUGAUGCAGAUGCCAAGAUGACCAUCUCGAGGAAAGUGAUGCAGUUUAACAAGUCACUUAAUAAUAACAUUUUCUUUCAUGUCUUUAUGACAACCACAUUUGAUGACGCUCAAACUGCUGCUUAAUUUCAAGUUUAUUUAUAACAAUACAUGUAGUUUUUAGCUCGGGAUAAACAAUCUAGUUUAGUUAGAGGUUUAGAGCUGACAAAUGUGUCGGGUCGUGUUCGAUUUUGUGUUGUUCACGAAAUAAUAUCAAACUAUGUAAAAUGCAAAACAAUUGCAUUAUAUGAAAAAUUAUCUAAACGGGUCGCAUCCGGCCAGAUCCA